AAUAUGAUUUUUUUGGAGGGGCCUAUCGUUUUGAAUCUAGCUGUCAAAGCCGUUCAAUUGAAGCAUUCAAACAUGCUCCAAAUGACGAUAUUCAGCGUAUAUAAAGAUGUCAUGGCUAUCCAUUUGACCUUCAUCCUGCUUUCACUAUCUAAGCCACCGAACGUCUUGGUUCGCUUGAGGAUAUGUCGGUGACUGCAAAAGACGUCCAAGACCUCACGGACAUCUCCAGGUUCAAACUAGAGCCAGAUGGGUCACUAAAAAGGGCCACAACGACAUUCAGGAGUUUCAUUGAGAAAGGCGGUCAAUUCGCCCCCGAGAAAGGUCGUUACCAUCUCUACGUCUCGCUUGCUUGUCCAUGGGCCACGAGAGCUCUCAUAGUAAGACAGCUGAAGGGUCUCCAGGAGUUCAUAGGUGUCACUGUCGUUUCGCCUCGCCUAGGUAAAGACGGCUGGCCUUUUGGCGAUGUGGAUAAGUUUCCGGGCGCUGAGCCUGACCCUAUACUCGGCGCGAAGCAUAUCAAAGAUGUCUAUCUCCGUGCCCUGCCCGAGUACGCCAAUCGUUUCUCGGUGCCGGUAUUGUGGGACAAGAAGCUCGAAACAAUCGUGAACAAUGAGAGCUCGGAGAUCAUCCGCAUGUUCAACUCUGCGUUCAAUGAUCAGUUGCCCGAGAACUUUGCUUCUAUUGAUAUCUACCCCGAACCUCUCCGCGCAGAGAUUGACGAAGUUAACGAUUGGGUCUAUCAUACAGUCAAUGAUGGCGUCUACAAGUCAGGUUUUGCCGGUACUCAGGCAGCAUAUGAGGCCUCUGUGAUUCCUCUGUUCGACUCGUUGGAUAGGCUUGAGAAGAUGUUAGAGGGGAAAGCGUAUUUAAUUGGGAAUCAGCUCACGGAAGCAGAUGUCAGAUUAUUCGUUACCAUUAUUCGUUUUGAUCCAGUCUACUUUGGCCACUUCAAAUGCAAUGUCCGUAACAUCCGGGACGGAUACCCUGCAAUUCAUCUGUGGCUUCGUAAGCUCUACUGGAACAAUCCGGCCUUCAAAGACACUUGUAACUUCGAUCAUAUCAAGGUGCAUUAUUAUUGGUCCCAUGUGAAUAUCAAUCCCACGAGGAUCGUGCCUGUCGGUCCCGUUCCAAACAUCCACCCUCUGUGAAUCAGCCGGGUCAGAACGUAUCAUUCUCCUGUUUUGAUUACGUCCGCGUCUCCCUUGAAUACUACCAAAUGUGACUUGGUGCAACACUUGUACUUUUACUUUCGAGACGCAUUUACCUCGGGAUAUUCUUCUGUCUUCUGACAGUGUGAAAUGCAUCAAGUUACUUGCCAAACUUGGCGAGCGAUUGCUGACCGUC